AUGAGCUCUGACGAAUCUGAUUUGACCGACUUGGACUACGACGAGGGCGAGAUACAGGAAGAGUCGCGGCAGACGCGCAAUGGGAAAGGUGGAACCGCGAAAAAUGGGCGCAAAGUGCGGAAAGUGCUGUCCAAGCCUCGGACGGUGCACUACACCCCGCAGUCCUUGUUCGAACAAAUCCAUAACGGUGACAUCGAUCUGAACCCGGAUUACCAGCGCGAGGUCGUGUGGCCCGAAACGAAGCAGAGUGCUGUAGUCGACUCAUUCCUAAGGCACUUCUACGUUCCCCCUGUCAUAUUCUCGGUCAAUGUAGACGAGGACGGGAUAGAGCAUAGGACGUGCAUAGAUGGUAAACAGCGGUUGACGUCGAUUGUAAACUUCACCAACGAAAAGUACUGGUUCAAGGAAAACCCCCAGGCUGCCAGGGCCCACAAGUUGCUCCCGGACAAGUACAGAAAAGAGUGGGGACGGAUCCAGGUCGUUUGUAUCGAAUACGAUGGCUUGCACGAAAGUGAGGAGCGAGAGAUCUUCCAACGCGUUCAAAUGGGCAUGGCGCUCACUCCGUCCGAAAAACUUCAGGCAAUAUCCAGUCCGAAGGCCUCCUUUGUCCGAGAGAUAUUAGCAACGUAUAGCGAGCUCACGACGGACUGGGAUAGCAGUCGCGGCAAUGACUUCCGAUGCGUAGCCCAGGCCCUGUUGAAUAUCGACAAGUACCCACUGAAGUCUGGGGGCACGAUAAUGCAGGUCGAGAAGUGGCUGAAUACGGAAGUUGAUCUCGACGAGGACGUGAAGGAUGACUACCGCCGCACCUUCGGCGUCUUCGUGGACCUCUUGCGGGACAAGACACUCAGCAAAUGCUUACGGACUCCGACGACCAUCGCUCCCGUCGAGUUCGUCAUGAUCUGCCUUCUCAUUGCUCGCGAGAAGGACAGACUGACAUUGGCUCAGCUGUCUAAUGUCAUUCUAGAUAUGCGGAGGGAUGUUCGUGCCAAUCACAAGGAUAUUCGGUUGAACUCCCUUGUGAUGAAGACUAUGGUGACCUUCAUUGGCGGUAUCAAACCAAGCAAGGUGAAGGAUGGGGGAGGUGAGCCAGCAGGCAGGAAGGUCUUAUCAGCUCCAAAGAGAAAAUUGAAGGAAGAUGAUGAGACUGGGGGAAGCAAGGUCCAGAAGAAUCUUGAAGGGCCGAUGAAGGUUCAGGCUCCUACUCCUGAAACUGGAAGAGGGCCUCGAGGGUCUCCUGCAAAUGGGCCUCUGGCAUCACAGGUAAAACAGGAGGCAGGUUCUGGGAAUACCUUCCCUCAGCCUACUGGGGAUCCAAAGAUUUCUUCCCCUAGGCCUUUAACUCCAAGUAUUCCUCCUGUUCCUGAUAGAUUGGCUGCUAUCAGGUUCCUCCCCCCACCCAGCUGGAUACAUCCAUUAUGGCUAGGAUGGCUCUUCUUCAUGGCUACCAGGAUCAGCAAGGAAGGGGGAUCUCUCAUCCAAGUCAAGAUCCUUGGCAGGGGUACCCUCAACCUAGUGCAGAUCCUAGGGAGCAUGGAAGAGGUGGUGGUCCAAGUCAAGACCCCAGACAAGGCUAUCAUCAUGCAGGUAGAGAUCCUAGGGGUUAUGGGAGAAGCACUGAUCCACAUCAGUCAAGGCAUCAGGAUCAGGGAUGGGGAAGUUAUCAUAGAUGAUGCAGUUUGA